CAAAUGAAUAAUUAAGCGUCACUAUACACACACACAAACAUCGACAUCAUCAGCAAAAACGAUUCUGGAUCGAUAAAUUGUUUCGAUUAAUUGACUUACAAAUAUAUAUUUUUUUGUUUAAUCGACAUUAAUGAUGGAUAAAAAUAAUCGAUCAACAUUGGGUAAAAAAGAUCUAAACAUUGGUAGCGUUGGUUUAGUUCCAUUUCAAGGUAUCGGUACAAGAUUAAGACGUUCACGUAGUAAAGAUCAUUCAACAGAUCAAGAUAAUUUAUCAAAUGAUUUAGAGAUUUCUAAUUUAAAACAUUUACAACAAUCCCAUCAUCAACAUCCUCAACAACAACAAUUCAUUUUGGGUCAUAAUAAUGGUUAUGACGGCCUAAAUUUAUAUUCGCCAUCAUCUGGUACAUUGGAGCGAACAAAACGUUUCUAUGGAAAUACACAGCCAAAAAUACCAAUGUUUGAUCAUCAACAUCAUAAUAGUUCAUUUAUCAAUUCUUCAAUACAACAACAACAAUUAUAUGUACAACAAUUGGAUCAACGAUUGAAUACAAAAAAUGGUUCAUCAUCAGCAUUAUAUGAAGAUUCACAAUUAUUAUCUCAUCAAUAUGAAGAACCACAAUAUCUAAUCGAUGUAAAUUAUCGUGCAAGACAGCAGCAACAACAACAACAAAAAGAUUUAUAUGGAAAAUUCGGUGCAUUCAAUCAUCAACAACAGGUACUACCAUUAUUGACAAAUAAUUCUAUAAAAAAUCAUCGUAAUUAUACAACAACGGCUACAACAUCGACAAUAAUACCACCAAGUAAAUUAUUUGCCCAAACAUUAUCAUCAUCAUCAACAUCAUAUAAACAACCAUCAACAACAACAACACCACCAACAACAUAUGAUUCAUGUUUAGAAUCAUUUUCAAAAUCAUCACAAUCAACAACAACAACAAGCGGUAUUGGUGGUAGCAAUAGUAAUAAUAAUCAUCGUCAAUUAAAUAAUUUAAUAAAUGAUUGUAAUGAUGGUUGUGAUACUGAUAUUAUUGGUGGAUCAUCAUCAUCACCACAAUCAUAUAGUGGCGGUGGUGGACAAUCGGCUAUUGUAACAACAAUAAGUAGUAGUAGCGCCGGUAGCGGUUGUGAUGAUUUACAUCAACAAAAACAACCGAAUUCAAUGACAAAAACAACUACAACGACAACAUCAACAGCAUCAACAUUUUUAUCAUCAAACAAUCUGAUUCAACAAAAUAAUCAUGGACAUCAUCGUCGUCGACGUGAACGUAAUCGAAGACAAAAACAACAACAACAACAAUCAUUCAAUGAUCUUAUUGUUGCAACUUUUCAUUUCUAUUCACAAACACCAUUGAGACAUAAUGUGGCUCUUAUUCAAUCGAAUUGA